AGUACUGCUGAAGAUGGUGGAGCGAUCGAUUUUGUGGUGUUUCUGUCGUGUGUAUGAAGACAGAUGGCCGAAUUUACGAAAUGUGAAAUUGUUGAUGUUUGAAAUUUAACCUACAUUUAAUAAUUCCGUGUUUUCGAACAGUACUACAUGAAUUUUGCAUCGCAUAGCUGUUUGAACAGAAUUUAGAUGCAGAAUGAAAGUUGGCAGUUACAGAGCGUCCCCCUAAUACACUUUAAAAAUCUGCGUGACAUAAAUUUGUUACACUGUAAAGCUUAACUAUCUGUUGUGUUAACAUCUGUAACUCUGGUAAAGCAGGAGUUUUCGAGUAUUCUGUAACUGGUAUUACUCAUGUCUUGAAUUUUUUACCUCUCUUCGUAAGAUAUGUUUCAUUUUUCCUGUGUAAGAAACAUAUAUAUGGAUCAGUUAUUUAACAGAACAAACUCUUAUACGUGUAUUAUUAUGUAUUUGACAUGUGAUGAAAAGUAAUUUCUUCGUAUAGACUCAGUCAGAGUCUACAAAUCAGUUCUUUAUUGUAAUGAGAGCGAAAUUUGUCAAAUGAAGCAAAUGUUUAGCCAACCAAUUCCUGGUGGCCCUGCUAUGGACCCAUUCUAUUCCUCUCCUUUUUCAUCCUAUUUCAGGAGACAAACCCCUUACUUUGGACAACCUGAUUAUCGAAUUUAUGAGAUGAACAAGCGUUUGCAGCAAAGGACAGAUGAAAGUGAUAGUCUUUGGUGGGAUGCUUUUGCAACCGAGUUCUUUGAAGAUGAUGCUACUUUAACACUGACAUUCUGCUUAGAAGAUGGACCUAAAAGAUACACGAUUGGCCGAACUUUGAUACCACGAUAUUUUCGAAGUAUAUUUGAAGGAGGAGUAUCAGACUUAUCAUUUAACCUGAAACAUCCUAAAGAAUCAUUUCAUAAUACUUCCAUAACUUUGGAUUGUGAUCAAUGUACAAUGAUAACAUAUCAUGGAAAGCCUAUGUAUAAUAAGGGACUUGGUGGCCAGUAUCCUAAUGAUCCCAUGAAAGACCAAAUAGUAAAGGAUAAUGCAGUUGUGGUCUGCACAGAAGGGAGAUUAAUUUUGGAAUUUACUUUUGAUGAUCUUAUGAGAAUCAAAUCUUGGCACUUUGCGACACGCCAGCAUCGUGAAUUAGUAUCUCGAAGUCUUAUUGCUAUGCAGAUGUCCCUUCAUAUGGAGGCCCAACAGCAAGAUCCUGUGCUUCUUGAACAGUUGUCCAAAAAUAUCACUAGACAAGGUUUAACCAAUUCAACACUAAAUUAUUUACGAUUAUGUGUCAUCUUAGAGCCAAUGCAAGAGCUUAUGUCAAGGCAUAAAGCAUACGCUUUAAGCCCUAGGGAUUGUCUCAAAACAACGCUUUUCCAAAAAUGGCAGCGCAUGGUCGCCCCACCAGAAACUCAACGUCCUCCAAGCAAGAGACGCAAACGGAAGUCAUCAGCAGCCAACAGUGGAGGAGCAGGUACAGGAGGAAAAAAGAAAAAUAUUUCUCCUGGACCUCCUAACUUUACACUUGCUUCUCAGGAUGUGAUGGUCGUCGGGGAGCCUUCACUAAUGGGGGGAGAGUUUGGUGAUGAAGAUGAGAGGCUCAUCACCAGGCUUGAAAAUACUCAAUAUGAUGCUUCAGCUGCAGCAGCAGCUGCGACAGCCAAUGGUUUAGAAGACAAUGAAGAUUUCCAGACAAACCCUAUAACAUCAGCCCCUAGUACAACUGGUGGACCUCCACCAUCAACCUGGUCAGGCCCUCUGUCAUCUGGUGCCCCUUCUUCUGAACGUACCCCUGUUUCCGCCCCUUCUACUAGUUCCCAACCUGCAAACCAAGAAGAUAAAAAGCCUUCUCCUAAUUUAAGUCAAUGAUUUUGUUCUCCAAAGUUUUAAAAGAGGAAAAAUAUCUAUGACCAAUAUAUUAUAUCUGUUUUUAGUGUUUGUGUGAAUAAGAAGUGUUCAAUAGUCAUAUUUUGUGAUGGUAUUUCACCUAGCUAAAGUUCCUAUGUUUAAUUCUCAUAAAAAAUUUCAUUCACUGGAGCAAAGCUAUUGCUUUAGUUUUAAUUUAGGUCAUAAUGUUUUGUGUGUUGACAUAGUAUUUGUUCAAGAAAUGAACCCCUGAAGUAUUGGACUCUGUGUUAUUCUUUCAUCCUGAAUGCUGAAUUAGUUUUCAAAAUCAUAAUUAUAUUUUCUUGCAGGAAAUGCGGUUAGUAAGUGAAAUUGCCUUUUUUGUUUGAUAAUGUGAUUAUAUUUUGUAUUGUUAUUCUGUCAGCUUUUUACAUACUGAAUCAAUUUUUCUGCUUUAUUUCUUGCUUUAUUGCACUAAAAAUGUUAGUGGAACUGCAUAUUUUUAAACAUCUUAUUCGUACUAUAUGUUUAUCAUAAUUAAGUCUGCAUAUUUUAAUAUAUAAUUCAUUUCUAAGAAUCAUUGUAUAAAUUUUACAUUUAUUUGUAUAUUCCCAAAUAAUCUUUGGAAGCAUUUAGUAAAAGUAUAGUGCAAUCUUAAAGUUUUAGAUAAAAAUGUAUUUAAAUAUGUACAGGAAAAAAAUUCACUUUAGCUUAUCUUAUAUCUCUGUACAUAGUAAAGUGUUAUUACUUCUUUGUAAUGUCAGAUUUUAUGGCUCAUGUUUGUACUAUAUGUUGAGUAUGACAUUGAAAAAGAAACCGCUCUUUCUAUGACUCGGUAUUUCUUUAUCUAUUGUUGUGAAUAUCUGUACAGGGUAUAUUUUAUAUUUUUACUAAUUUCAUUUGAUUUUCUUUAGGUUGUCUGUAAUUUUAGAACACGGAUCAUUUAUGCGUACGUUCUAUAAUUAGGUGUUUAGUUUUAGAGUGGUAGCACUCUUAUUUAAGACUGUUUUAAUUAUGACUACACAUCAAGUUUAUGUGUGUAUAAAAUAUCUCCAUUUCUUUUUAAUGCCCUUUUAAUUUUAUUGAUACAGAACCAAAAGGAAGACAAAUAGUUAACUUUUUAAUUAACUCAUUUCUUUAAGAAAAGAUGCAUGGUGCUUAUUAUUUUAGCAUGUAUGUGAUUUUAAUUUGUAGUUAACCAUUCUUAGGGUUACCUAACAUUAUUGCAAUGAAAAUGUUUUCACAUUCAUUUAACAGCAAGUUAUACUUAUAUUAUGUGUGUAGCAAAAUAAUAUUUACAUACAAUUAACCUUUUAAAAUCAUAUCUGCUGAUUCUGUGUAACUUUCUUCAAUUUUUUAUUAAUAUUCUGCUACAUAAUUAUGUGGAUUAUACAACUUAUUUUUCCAAGUGGAAAAUAAUUUCUGCUAAGACUUUGAUAGUAAAAUAUUCCAUUGAUUAAAAAAGUAAAAUAAAUAAGGAAAAUGAAUUUUACUCUUUUCCUUUCCUCCUUUUUGGAUUAAACAUUUUACCAGUAUCAAAAGAUUAUUUUUAUGAAAGAGGUAAAAUAAGACGCAUAGUCGAAAUGUAGCUUCCACUUCCAGGUUGAUUUACUUUAAAACUAAAUGUUUAAGAAUUAUACACCUUUGCAGAAUAUUAUAAAAGUAUGGAAUGUUGGUUUUAUUUUUUUUACAGACCUUUUACCUAUGUUCAUAUCAUGCAUAAAAUAUUUAAAUAAAAGGAGUUAAGCCUGUCUGCAUGAUUCGUUAUUUGGACAGUUGUCUUAGGUCAGUCAAGCCGUGUGUUGAAUGUGCAAUUAUAUCGACUAAAAGCAUUUUAUGUACAUCAAAAAUUUUAAUUUGUAUCUACUGAAUUGGUUGUUAUUUUAUGUCAAACAGUAUCAGCUGUGAUACAAAAGCUAAUGGGAAAGAUCAGUUUUUAUUAUGCCAGCAAUUCUAUGAUAGCCUGAGGUUUGCUUGCUUUAAACACUUUUGUUUUUGUUUUUCUCCUUCCCGUUCCACAUACUCUGGCUAAACACAAAGCAAAUUUGUUUUGGAGACACAUUUUUAUAUGCAAUAACCUGAACAUAGCUAAUUAAGAGUAAAAUACAUUAUUAAAAUUAAAGCAUACUCUUGAUGGAGUUUUAGGUUAGUUGUUUAGUUUGCCUUUUUUUUAUCAAAUCGCAGAGCGUUUUUAUUAAAUAAAUCAUCAAGUUUUAAAAGUGUUAGGUUUCUAUAUUAAUCACAUUAUUUUACAUAUAUGCUGUGCAGGUUUUAAAGAAUAUGACUGAAAUCUUAAAUAAAUAUAAAGAUUGGCUUUAGUACUCAACCUCCGUUUACUAUCCAAUGUAUUUAUAUUUUUACCCAAAAAUAUGGCAAGGAGUUUAGGAAAAUUCUUAGGCCGGAGUUCUCUGGACUGAUCAACUGCUGUGCUUUUCUGCAAUCUAGUAGAAAAUUUAAAAUGUGUUAUUUUUUUUCCUUAGAAUUAGUAAAAAUUAACUUUUUUUUUCAUAGAUUUUAUAACCAAAAUAAUAUUGCCGUUUAUACUAAUUUUAAGCUUUUCAUUGGUGUGUUUCUCUUCCAAUUUGAGUGUAAUAGAUGCUGAAUUUGAUGUUGCUAGAAUCUGCUUUUUAAUAGUGCAACCCCUCCGAGAGAAAGUUGUGGAAUCUUAAAUGUAAAAAAUCAUAAAAUUGUAUCAUAUUAAUCAUGAAUUGAUAAUAAGAAUAGAAGUACAAAUAUUUUAAAUUAUUAAAACAUGUGAAAAGCAAAUUAGAUACUGUAGUCUCAAAUGUAAUUAUAUUGAGGACCAUGUAAAUAGGCCUUUGGAUGAAUGCUAUUUACAUUAUUUUGUAGCAAGGUUAUCUUGCAUUUGGGAUAAUGAACUGUGGAGUAUUUAGGCUUGUCUAAGUUGCUUAUUAUGUUAUACAGUUAAUGAAUUUGUUCCAACAUUACAGAACAUACUUUUGUAAUGAGAGAUAUUAAAUACUAUUUUGAAACAAAUUUGAAAACUUGAAGUAUGUUUAUGCAUAAAGUCAUUCAGUUUCUUUCUUUUUUUUUUAAUACAACAUGGAUGCCUUAAGACAGUCAGAAAUGCAUACCAGAUGCUUGUUGAAAUUCAUGUAUGCUUGGUUAAUUUAACAUGGUAUGGCGAAUAUCAAUAUUUAUUCCUUUUAGCAGCCACAGUCUCAUGUUGCCAUCUGUUAAUAAGGAGAGAAAGUGUGGCACCAGGUACAUGAAGGUGAUAAAUGAUAAUGACCAUGGGAUUAAAACUGGGGUCUGUCCCAUACUAGCCUAACAUUGUACUGCUAUGCAAAAGCACUCUGUGUCCUGUCCUGUUGAUAUUUAAAUCUGCUUCCUGGGGCAAACACUAGGAGAUCAUCAAGACCACCACAAGGGCAAAGCAUGUAAGAGCUGUCUGUCUGUGGAAUGACAUGCCUUAUUUGAUGAUUUUCUAAGGAGAGUUGGCUCCUAUUCAUGUAGGAAAAACCCCAAAAAUGGUAAUGUAAGUGGCCUGUUUGUCAGGAUUUGAAUCAACUGCUGUGUUCCUCCAGUAUUCAAAGAUGUGUCAAUUAUCAGUAUUCAGUGCUCAACACUUGCAAUGGGCAAGUCUUUAAAAUAUGCAAAUUGCAAGUGUCUUGAGUUAUUGAGUGUGCGAGCAUUAUUUUCUUCUCUGAACUUCUGAGGCCCAAUUCGUGGCUGAGAUUUGGCAGUUUAUUGUCUAUAAUCCUUCAAUCACUGAGCAAAAGUGGCCCAGUUGAAAUGCUGAUUGCAUUAGACCCUUUUUUGCAGCAGUCUUCAUUGCCUGUCAUCAGGGCUGUUGUCAGUUAUUUUGCCUUUUGCAAAGAUCUAGGUAACACAUGAUGAGAUUCUCUGUAAUGAAGGUGAAUUCUUUUCAAAGUUUUGCAUUUCAUUAAUGUGACAUAUUUAAGCUUUUGUAACUUCCUGAAAUUUUCAUCUAGAAUGUUUUGUCAUUACAGGCUUUUCCUUUAACACUUAUUUGCUUGUACUUUACCUGAAAGACUAAAUCUGUAUCCUCAUUUUUGCUUCUGUAGAUUUAAUUCCUGUUUUACUUUUUUGAAAACUUUGGAAUAUAUUUUGUUGAAAAUGUGGUAAGUAAUUAAUAUCUCUUUCCAUUACAAAAUUAGUAAUAUUUUUGACAUUAUCUAUGGCAAAUGAAAUGUCUCAUAUAAUGCAUGAACAUUUUUUAUGACUGCAUCCAUGGACAACUGAGUGUUUAUUCUUGAUACUGGGAGCUGAUCAGUUUUUCAUAUAACCUGACAUAAAUAUUUUAUACUGAGGUUUAAUAACGUGUUUUCUCUUUUACUUUAAAUUAUCAUGAAGUUGUUUUCUUAUCCUUAUGAUUUGAUUUUCAAAAUCAUGUUCUAAAUUGGCAUGUGGAGGCUAUGUCUAUGCUAAAACUGAUAAUGACUAAGAUUGUUGGAUUUUAAUGGUUGAAUGUGGGUGUGAUAUAUAUGUUGUGAUCAUUCUGACUGAUGAAACUGUGACACGUAUGAAACCAGUCUUAGAAACAUAAACUGUUUAUCUGCACAGUCACUAUUUUUCUUAUGAAAAAUAAGGUAAUUCAAACAUUCAUUAUAAAAAAAUCUAAAGCAGUUACACCUUUAAAUUAAACUAGACUCUGCUUUUCUAUUUGUUGCAAAUGAAAAUUUUACUAAAUUAUAAGAUUUUUUCCAUAUGUUUUCAGUUUAUUUUAGGAGUAAAAUUUUAAAUUUUUACUGCUAAAGGAUGUUUUCUGAUCCUAAAAUUGUCAUUUAAGAGGUUUAAAUUUUAUUGUGAUAAAUUUUUGUUCUCUGAGCUACUGUUUAUUGCAUUAAAUCUGUUUUGUAUGAAUGAGACUAUUUUGAUUUACUCUGAAAUAUUAAACAUUAUAUUUUGUAAAUGUAUUUUCUUUGUUUCCAAGAUUACUGACUGCCCCUUACUUUGUGAAAAUCAAAAUGUGUGUUUCAGUUAAAUUUUAUUGUGAAAGUAGGUUUUUCUAAAUGUAAAACUGUUAAUGUUGAUUUUUAUAUUGAAGUAGUUAUAUAAAAUUUUGCAUCUGCUACCAACAUUUGUCAGCAUUUUUGUUUUAUCGUAGCAGUUUAAUGUCUAAAAUCCAGCAGCAUUGCAAGCAUUUAAACUAUAGUAAUUUUUGUCUUUCUGUUGAUUUGUCAAGCUUUCUAAAUAUUCUCACAGUUAUUUUUGCUGAAGAUGACCACAGAAAUUCAUCACAAAAUCAGCUUUUCACGAUUAUUUCAGGAAGCUGUGUCAGCCUUUGCAUUUGCAUUAUACACCAGUUAAACCUCUAAAUUUUUUCAUAAAUGUAAGUAAAAUUAAACUCUGUGUAUCUGAAAUGCAUCUUAUUCUCUGCUGGAUCCAGCUAAGGCAUAGUUGUAGAACUCUAAAUAGAAAAUUAAUGUGACUAAAUGCUGUCCUUUUAGCUGUAAUUAGUCCCCUCCUAAUAUUCGUGAAUGAAGUUGAUAUUCCAAACUACUUAAUCAUUAAUUUCAUACUAAUGUAUUCCUAUAUACAUUAAGUGUAUGUGCAUUUUUUCUACUUUUUUGACUGUGGUACAAUUUUUAUUUAUAUUGGAGAUUAUUUUUAUAUUCAGUUUGCAGACAUUAAUAUUUGACUCUUAAGUUGUGAUUCUAGUCAUAAAUUGCAUUUUAAAGAUUUUCUGCUAACAAAAAAAUUGAAAAUUUUAUUUUUAUUUACAAUGAAAAACUUUACCUUCUUUAUUAAAAAUUUAAUUCUCAAAUGUCUUUAAAGGUAUUAAUAUUUUUGGAUAUAGACACUGGGCUGCAGGCCAGUGAUCAUUCUUUAACUGAAUACACAUAAUGUGGCAUUAGAAACAUCUUUUAUUAACUACAGUAAUAGUGUGAGAUUUUAUAAAUAUAAGUUAAAUAUUAUGAAUCAUAUCAAUAAGAUAUAAUAUUAAAAAUUAAUGUAAUAUUUUUAAAUUCUGCCAGUUAUUACACUGGUAGCACAGUGACUGAAGAGGACAAUCUGUUCUGGGUGGCACAUUUUUGGAGGUGGCACAUCUGGUGUGAAACUGUAUUUGAUAGGGGUUAGUCGAAGCACAUAAGGAAUAAGAUUCUGAAUUGCAUACCGAAUUAUAUUGAAGGGGAAAAUAGUUUUUACUCUUGAUAAAGUAUUCGAAGAAAUCACUAUGAGAUUUUCAACAGCUACAUAUCCUUAUUAUACCAUUAUACUUUUUUUUAUUCUAUCAAAACUGUCAAAUGAAAAUUACAAAUAUCAGCUAAGGUAUGAUCAUGGUUACAUUAAUAAGGAAGAAUUUCUCCGUAAGAAAGAAGUAUUCCAUAGUUUUUUUGCCAUCACUGCUAGGAAAAUUUAAAUAAGAACAUGGAAGACGGUCCUUUUGAAUACCUGCAGUUUAUUCAAAAAUAUGAUCUCCUGAACAAAGAUCCAAAUGUUCUAAAACUGAUACGAAUUUUUCUCCCAAUUGCUGUUAAGUGUUGCUGGUUGUGAGAAGUGUUUUCUAAAUAAAAAUCAUUUAAUAAUUAAGAAUACAAAUGUCUAUUUAGCAUUUAAGAAACCUUUCUGUACUGUCUACAUAACAGCAAGAACAAUAGAUAUCUGCAAUGUCAUGGAUGAUUUUGUGAACAAAACAUACAAGCAAAAUAAUAUGAUUUUUAAAUUUCUUCAAAAGUAAUCAUAGAUUUUAAAUUUAUUUCUCUGUAUGUUAAUUUGACAUUUUUUAAAUUUUUUUUUUUUUUUUAUAUCAAGAGGGCAGCAAAUUCAGGGAGCACCCCAGAUGGCAAAAGCUGUAUCUGGGCCACUGUGGCAGCAGUGUAUUUUUAUGAUUUGAAACAUAAGUUAAAGAUCUUCUCUUAUGAGGUAUGCUGCAACUCUCCUUUGGCCAGUCCAUGUGGUUAUAAUUUAACGUGAUGGCUGAAGGUGGGAGAGAAAAAAACUAGACUUUGUAUGUUUCUGAUAAAAAAUAUUUGCAGCUUUAAUUUUCGAAUUAUGAGCAUUUGGAAUUUGUUCCUCAGUAAUAUAAUUUAUUUAACCUAAUUGCAAGUAAAGUGGCCUUCUAAUGAUUGUCUACAAAUAGGCAGGCCUCAAUAAAGAUCGUAAUGGUAUAUGAUUUGGGAACUUCUGUCUGUACUAUGAUUUGGGAACUAUGCUAAUAACUUGAUAUUUAGUGUAAUUUUAUAUUUUGGUAAAAUUAUUUAGCAUCCUUAUUAAGCUUAGCUUUGCAGAUGGCAACUGACAUAACUAGCCUCUUAAUCUAGCAACAUAGUUUGAUAAUGAAACUUAAUUUCAAUGCUGAAGCAAGUUUAUCAGAAGUUUCAAUUGUGGUGUUAAAUUUUUUAGAAUAUACCAAGGAACUUCGUGUUUUAAAUUGAAAUUGGCAUUUGAAAUCAUCUUAUAUACAUACUGUGAAGCAAUUGAUAGAUUAAAUGAAAUAUCUUUUUGGGGGAGGUUUACCCAUUAAUAAAAGCAAAACAAAAAGCAUAAAGUAAUUGAAUAAACACACUACUUCCCCAGCUUAUGUUUAUUAUACAUAAUUUUAUUAAAAAUUGCAAUUGAGGUCAUAAAAUAAAGGUAUGAAAAUAUUCAAAGUCUUGUACUUGUAAACUUUUAUAAUAGCUUCCCAUAAUUUAAGUGUUUCAUAAACUCUCUAAUGUUUUACUUUUUUUUAUUAUGACAAUAAAGAAGGUUUAUAAGUUUUGUUAUAAAUGGUUGGUGUCAUUUAGAUUGAAUGUAGUGUAAUCAGUAAUUAUUUUUAUUUGCUUUGCUGCAAAUGCAUCAGCAACGUGAUAAGUGCUUUUAAAAACAUUUGAUUUAUAUAUAAAUGUGAAGCAUGUUAAGUAUUUCAAUGAAUUUUCCAUACAUGCUAAUAUUGUGGCAUAUGUGCAUAGAUAAAGUUUUCUUAAAGGAAUAGUUAUAGUAAUUCUUUUAAUGUAAAGAUAAAAUUUUCUGGCUCUGAAUAAUUGCUAAUUACAGUCUGUUAUUAGUGUUUUAUAUAAAAGCUCCAUGCAUUUCAAUACAAAACAGACUCUCCUCAUCGCGUGUCAGUGAUUAAUAAAAUAAUCCUAAAUUUGUACCUGCAUUAGCUCAAAAUUACUACUGUUAAUGAAAAAAAAAAAAAAAAAAAAAAAAAAGGUAGUGAAUACUUAGGCAACAAAAAGAAUUUAUGAGCCAUUGUGUUAAGAUAUUGAAACUAAUGUGAAAUAUAUGUCACUGAAGUCAUGUGAUACCUGUUUCAUCUGUAAUUUAGUUAAUUAUCUGAUUAUUGUUUUAUAUUCUGCAUUAAAUGUUACUUAUGAUAAAUGGGCUCUUAUGCUUUUGUUUCAUGUAAACUGCUGUAUUCAUUUGUGUGAAUUUACAAUAUGUUUCAUGAUGAUAAAUAGAUGAAACAACAAUCUCCUGUCAUCAGAUUUGAAUGUUUCUCAAAAUUUUCCUAAAUUUUUAGGAUCAUUAUCACAAAAUAACCACUAUUCAUAUUUCUUGAGAAAAGUAUAAAAAGUAAGUUUCUAAUUCUUUUCAAACCAAAGAGCUAUUUUUAUGAAGAACUGCAUUAAAAUCUUAUAAUAUUGUAAGUAACAAAACAUUUGUCAUUGAAGCCAUUUGAUACCUAUUUCAUCUGUAUUACUGUUAUAUCUGCCUACUGUUUUGUAAUGCAUAUUAAAUGUAAUUUAUAUCUUAAAUUGGCUUUUAUGUUUUCACUUAACAUAAAAUUGUUGUAUUCAUGUGUGUGAAGCUGUACUAUUAUGCUUGAUGAUGAUAAACUGAUGAGACAGCUACUCUUUUUCAUCAGAUAUUGAUAAUUCAUAAAAUAUUCUUAAAGAUUUAGAAUCAUUGUAUCAAAAUGGGCUAUAUUUCAUUUUUCAUAAGAAAAGCAUCAAAAGGAAUAUUUUAAUUCUUUUUCAACCAAAGACCUAUUUUUAUGAAGAACUGUGUUAAGACCAUAUGGUGUUAAAAGCAAAUGCAAAAAUAUUUCAGAUCGAAGUCUCUGAUACCUGCUGUAUCUGUAAUAUUGUUGAUAUUUAACUGUUACUUUAUAAUGUGUGCUAAAAUGUAAUUUAUCUUCUAUGGGCUUUCUCUGAUUUGUGUGCAUUGCAGUAUUCAUGCAUGUGAAAUUCUGCUGUUAUGUUAUUUGGUGGUAAAUUGGUACGAUACUGGUUUUCCCUUAUUAAAUGCUAACACAAUAAUAGAUUUUUAAUUCACCUUUGCUACAGAAAUCAAAAUAUGUGAGCGACAGUGUUUCUUUAUCUGAAUUCAAAUAUGUAAUUUGAAUUGUACUAUCAUAAAGUUAUUUUUAACACUUUUUUAAAAUUAUAUGAGUAUGUAUUAUGUACGUCAAUACAAAAAGUCACCUGAAGUAGCAAAUAUGACUUUUUGAUGAUAUGACAGUUUUUUUGGAUGUGAGCUGAAGAGUGAGUGUUUUAUGGGUCCAGUCAACAUCAGCAAGCAUUUGUGACUCCAGUGGCCUUGAUAUCUUUUUGCAGUAUUAAAAAUUUCUUAGUGAAAAUUCUCAUAUGCUUAUUGUGCACUCUUUACAUGCUUAAUGGAAAUGCAAAAAGUGGUGUUUUAAAAACAUUGCAUCUCUUGGCUUCUUUUGACUUUGGAUCAUAUAUAUAUAUUCUACACUCACAGCUUGAUUAACUAUUUAGCAAAAUUAGCAUAUGCUUAGCGCAUCAAGGAAAGGGGGCACCAAAAAAUUUCCCAUCUCAGUAUUUUAUCAUAGAAUAUAUGGAAUCGAAAGGGAGAGAAUGGGGGAAAACAUGCAUUGCACUGUAAAUGUGAGGGCGGCAAAAUUUUUUAAGUGCUUAUGGCCUCUAGUAAUCUUAAUCCAACUCUGCUUACAUAUCUCAGAAAUGUUUUACAGUCUUGAAAAAUAGAUUUUUUUAUUUCUUUUUAUUGGAUCAAACUACUGAUUAAAUUUCUUACCUGUAAGUAAUUCCUAAUUUAAAUCGCACGAAAAUACUUUGAUUUUAUUAUCAGUUUUGUUUUAGAACUUGCUUCUCAAUUAUGUGAAUCCUAAUCCUUUUGUAGUUAUUGCAUUAAUAAAAGUGUACAUAAAUUGUAGCUAGUGGAGGGAGGCAUCUUUGUUUUUUCAUGAUACACAUGUGCUUUGUUAAUGACAUUAAACUUUCCAGGUAUUAGUGAUACAUGUUUUGGGACAUAAUGAUUUGCUAUCCAUUCACUCUAAGGAGAACAACUGUUAAUCACUGUGUGUGUGUAUAUAUAUAUAUAUAUAUAUAUGCGACUGUGUCUUUUAUAAAAUUAUUUCAAAGGUAUUUGUUUCUUUCACAUUGAUAUUGUUCUUUAUGCUAGAAGUAUUAAAAAAUAAUAUGCACCUAUUUCUGCCAAGGAGGAAAGUGUCAUUUUGAUGGAUCAGUAGCUAUAGUGUUAAAAGCUAACUCAUCAUCCUUGUUGUAGAAGGGAAAAACUGGAUUAAUGUACUUCCUAAGCACUGUGUUUUUUAACCUUCUAGCUGGCUUACCUGUUUUCCCCUCCCUCCAGAUCUUAGGAGUCACUUAAUCUAUAUUAUACAUUAUGAUUUGAAAUGUUAUGUUAUUUCUUUUAAUGAACCAGGUAUUUUCAUAAUGAAUGGAAGGUUAUGCAAAUAAAAAGUAAAGUAAGUAGUCAUCCAAUAUAAGCCAAUGAUUAUCAUUUAAAUUCAUAAGCAGAUGCCAAAAGUUGGACUACUCAGUGGAUUAAAACAAAUAAUAAUGUAAAUUAAAUGCUUCUACAAAAAAAAAAAAAAAAAAAAAAAAAAAAUAAAAUAAAAUAAAAUAAAUAAAUAAAUAAAUAAAUAAAUAAAAUAAAAUAAAAUAGAGCAGAUUGUAUUGGCAAUAACAAGAUAGCAAUGCAUUGUUGCUCUUAAUUGAAAACUGGAUGGAAUGGAAUUAUUUGAUUAUGACAAAGCAAACUGAGGCUAUCUGCUUAACGGGAGGGAGAAUUAUUUAUUGUGUUUUUAUAGCACAUGAGGAAAACCUCAUAUAGCUGUCCAUUUCAAUAGCUGAGAAUAGAAUGCGAGGCAAACUGCCAAUUUUCCUGGUCAUUCAGCUUUCCUUAAACCUUAAAUGUAAAACUGAAACAAAAGUAUUAAGAAGUACAGAUAAAUAUAAAUGAAAACAUUUCUUGCAAUUUAAACUUCAGUUUGUCUAUAUACAGGGCCUAGUACUGGGUAGGGCCUCUGAUUUUAGAAACUUUAAAAUCAUCCUAAACUCUGCACAGCCAUGACCUUCCUAUUAUGAAAACAAGUCAACAUUGGAGAGAGGAGGCUUUCUUAACUGGACUUUGCCUACAUAUGUAGCUUGAAUUUCUACAUACUUAAGAGUAUUAUGAAACAUUUCAUGCUAGAAAGUGGUGUUACUAAAAAGCUGUGGGUGGCACUGAAAAUCUGAAUUCAUACUUAAAAUCGGUACCGUACAUAAGAUUUAUAGGUUCUUUGCCAGAACCUUUGUAGCAGUGCAGUUAGUAAAAUAUUUCUGCAUUUUUAGGAAGAUUAUUCUCACUGCAUUUUAAGAAAAAUUGAAAGGAAGUUUUUAAUCUUCAAUUAAAGAACCUUUUUUCUAUGAAGAUUAAGGUUAUACAGUAUGGAGUUAUUAGUAAAUAAGGAUUAUACAUAAUGGAAAGCAAAUGCAAAAUAUUUAUCACUGAAGUCAACUGAUUACAUACAUUAACUGUAGUAUUGUAAAUAUUUUUUUAUGAAAUAUAAUUUAUCUUAAGUGGGCAUUUAUGUUUAUGAUUUGCAUAAAUUGUAGUAUAUCUUUGUGUGAAGCUUUUUUUUUUUUUUUUUUUUUUUUUAAUUUUAACAUAAUGGUAAAGUGAUAAAAUGAUGGUCUCUUUCCAUCAGAUGCAAAUAGUGCAUAAAAUAUUCCUAAGAGUAUUAACACAAAAUAACCAUUUUCCUUCUUGAGAAAAAUUUCAGAGUUUUUAAUUUUCGUGCAACCAAAGAGCUAUUUUUAAUAAAUAACUGCAUUAAGGUCAUAUGAUAUGCAUAGCUAAAGUAAAAUAUAUUGAUUUAUCUUAUAUGGGCUUUUGUGUUUUGACUUUUGUAAAUUGUUUAAUAAAAUAUUUAUCACUGAAUAUGUGUAACAAUGUUGAUACUACUGCUUUAAUUUUUUUUCAUUGUGAUUUAUGUUAUAUGGGCUUUUGUGUUUUGACUUUUGUAAAUUGUUUAAUAAAAUAUUUAUCACUGAACAUGUGUAACAAUGUUGAUACUACUGUUUUAAUUUUUUUUCAUUGUGAUUUACCUUAUAUGGGCUUUUGUGUUUUGACUUUUGUAAAUUGUAGGUAGUAUUACCUGAGUAAAUUGAAACAUAUUGAUUAAAAGGCCUGUUCCCCCAUGGAAUUAUGCAUGCUUUUAAAUAUAUUUAACACCCACCUUACAUUGUAUUUUUAAAGUAGAUAUAUUGGAUAUACACGUAUUUUUUUCCCCUUUGUUUUAUUAUUAUGGUCCGCAUUUUGUAAACGUGUUAGGAUUUAUUAUAGUUGAGUGAACGAGGGGAAUUCGCAACGAUUAUUAUGCAAAUUUCAGUUUUGUUGUGCUUUCAAAUUAUAGAUUGUUUUUCUAAGCAAUCCUCAUAAGAAAUAUUUUUGUGUUUUUUUUUUUUUUUUUUAGAAGCAUGUUACUUUUAUCUGUCUGAAAUGCAAGAUAGUAGUAUACGCACUUAAAUAACUUAUUAUGAUAUGUGACACAAUUCAUAUGAGCAUUAAUAAAAUUUCCAUAUCCUUUGAUGAUGAUGUAGUUCCGUAGUAUGGUGGCCACUUCAUUCACCUGAUUUGAUUUCUCUGAGAUUUUUCAUUAGGGGGAUAUUCAAAUGUUUUUACUUAUAAGUCUCAUUUAUUAUUAAAGUAACGUUAAUGAAGAAAUCCAUAAUAUUGUCGAGACCAUUUAGUAGUACAGAGCAUUGCAUGCUACUUGCUUAAUAAUCAUGUUAUAUUUCAAAUCACAUGUCAUGUUUCUAUGUAUGUUGUGUUAUAAAUUGACUGAUUUGUUGGGGGUACUACCAACUAAAACACUACUGAUUUUUAUACUAUGUUUAGUAGCUCAGUGAUUUUUCAUACUGUGUUAGUGUGUUGCAUGUUAUAUUCCAGUGUGUGUUCAAAUAUUGUACAUGGCAGAAACAUUGGCAAAGUUGUUUGUUGGGUUUCAAUAUAUGUUUAAACAUAUAUAUUGCAGAAACAUUGACGAGUUUGUAUAUUGUAUUUCAAUACUUAUCCAAGCAAGCAUUGUGCACUGUAGAAACAUUGACAAAAACAGUAGAAUAUUAGGAUCUUAAAGUUUUACUUUGAGUUCGAGUUUGUAAUUAUUGCAUAUUAAAGUGAAAAGGAUAUUGUUUGGUAGAAAAAGCUAGAAUCAAAAGAGAACUACUAUGAUUAAUUAAAAUGUGUUGAAAACAUUUUGCCCCCUAAAUUUAUGAGAAUAUCUUAGAAUUUUUGCCUUUCAAAUUUCUUGCUAAAUGGGUGUUAAUGUAUUUUUAAGAUGUAUGUCUGUCCAUGUGGAAUAAUUCGUUGUACAAAGUAAUCUUCAUUAGUAAUGACACUGUGAAAUAUAUAUAAAAUUAUGAACUUUUUGCAGUUAAAUUUGCAUCAAAACAUAUCAGAAUUUUAAGAAUUUUAACAGAUUAUUGCUUAGUUGCUGCAUGAAAGUAAUUUAAAAGCCAUAUAAGUAUGGAUGUCUGCAAAAGUAUACUGAAGUAGUAUGUUUAAAAAAUGCCAUUUGCUAGUACACAUAUAAUUACCAAAGAAAUUCCAUAUUUUUUAUUUUAAUAUAUUGGAAUGAAUUAUAAUAAAAUGCUAUUCAUAUUAUAUUUUCUGUCAAACUGUUAAAUGUGCUUUAAGAAUUUUGAGAUGUUUGUCAUGUAGUUAUAGUAAUAGUUUGCUAGAUCAAUAGUUGUUAUAGUGAUAGUUGGCUAGAACAACUAUUGAUCAAAAGCUCAACAGACUCAGCUGUUCUAUUUUGGUGGCUAAUUUUCUUGAUAAAAAUCUCUCUGUUUCAAGUUUUUGCUUUCCGUUCACUUCAGAGCUUUUACUUCAUGUUGGAUACAUUAUUAGUCUUGCUGGAUAUCUGUAUUUUAUGGAAAGCAAGAAAAGGGGACUUUACUGCAUCAUUCUAAAUGCCAUGUCUUUUCGAUGAAACUCAUAGCUAUUUUGUUAAAGUAAAAUUCUAAGCAACUUUUAAGCUGUAGCAGCUAUUGAAAUAAUGAAAGUCUACUAAACGUAGUAGCACUGGCUGACUUAAUCUGUUAAAAUACUUUUAAAGUUAUUUCCUUUAAUGAAUCCAUACAUCCUUAGAACAUUAUGCCUUGAUUUCCAUCCCCUUUUUAAUGAUGUAAAAAGAUGUCAUAUACUGUUAUAUUUGUAAUAUGCUAGCAAAAUUAAUUUAAGUCUGUGAAAUCUAUUUUUUGCAUUAAAAUUCAGUGACGUAGUAGGUUGAUUUAAAUUUUAUUUUGACAGCAUACUAAUGUAUUCUUUUCUAUAAUGUGUGUGUGUGUGUAUGUGUGUAAGUAUAAUACGUAUUGUUUAAUGGAGAAUACUUACUCUAAAAAUCAAUUGAAGUAUAAUGUAUGUUGUUUCAUUUGUAAUAAGAGUAUUUUCACAGUGUACCAAUAAUUUUCUAAAAUAAAUCUCAUUUAAAUCAUAUAAUUCCUUAUCGGUUCUUUUGGAAAAUUAUUUUAUGUAAGUGUCGAUUUGAACAACCCAAACCCUUAAGUUAUAUUUUUUUCCCACUGGUAAACUAUUCUAAGAAUAAUAGUCUCAUUCAUCUAUUAAUUUGAUCUCUCCCUGCUUGUUGUAAUGGUGAAAUGAAUUAAAGUGCUCGUGUUCUAACUUUCUUCAAAGCACUUUUUAAGACAAUGCUUCUUUUCUUUUGUGUGAGUGAAUAAAGUUAUGUACAAAGUUUCUAUAUGAUGUCGCACUCUGGUUAUUAUUUUUGUAAAAGAAAUUUUUGUAUUUCUUCAUAAAUUCCAUAAAAUAGCCACGAGUGGAAGAUCGUGUUCACCCCCACUGGCUAUUUUUGAUACUAUUGUGAAACAUCAAUAAAUAAAAGAAAAAUUAAGAAUUU